GGAGGAAUUGAUGGACGGCUUCUCCGAGAGAUAGGGGGAGGCAGAGAGCUGUUAAUGAGGCAGUGGGUGGAUCUCAUCAGGACUCGGGCUCGUUGUCAAACAAACAUGCGCGCAGGGUAGAAAUUCGCCGUGCGCUCAGGAAGUGAUCUCUGUAGCUCAGAGUCAGAGUGAGGGGAAGGAAACCCGGGCGCAGACAAAGAGCUGGCUGGCUGGCUGGCUGGCUGGAGUUUGUUUACCUCUUCUUCACAUUCGGACGAGGCGGAUUUCUCCUCCGUUUUUAAACCUCCACACUUUAAAACAACAAAAAACUGUGGGAUUAUUGUACUGAUGACUUUUUUGUGAUCAUCUUUUUUAUUAUUAUUUUGGAGACGUUGGGAACUUUGGAUCAUACUGAAGGAUCAUUCCUGCGCAAUUACAGACUCUUUGACACCGAGUCAUCUUUGGAAGCUGGGAUGUGUCGUCACUACGAUGCAUAAUUCCUCCAGAACACCGAAUCCGUCCGAUGGCUCGACCGACGUAAAGGCGGCGGAAGGCAGCAGCGGCGGCGGACCUCCAGCUUCCGUCCGCGGCGCGCGUCUCCCUGCGCAAAGAUCCAGCGACGGCGGCGAGCACAGCUGUGCGCACGCGACCAGCAGAAGAGAUCCCGACUCGAACAAACCCGAUUUAAGCAUCCGCGGCCCUCGCCGCAUGUCCAGUGGAUAUUUCUCCAACGAUUCGCUGCCGAGCUCCCCGUUCCUGUCGAAGCCAGAGACGGCUAACAAAGCCACGCAAACACCGAGCCCCAGCGGCCAGGUGAUGAGCCACGCCUUGCAGUGCCUUUCCGGGCCCGGCAGAGGACCCGCAAUGCUGCCGACGCACGGAUCGUUUCCCAACCCUUCUAGGAGGCAACAGGGAAACGCAGCAAGAGACAUGCAGGAGGAGCAGGCAGAGGCUUUCGGACAACAGCUCCGUUUAAUCGGAGACGAGUACAAUCGACUACUAAUGCGGCGGAGAGCUGCAGCCAGACAAAGAGAAGACGUGCUCCCUCUGAACCUCCUGCGGCACAUCAACCAGGAGCCCGUCACCGUGCUCUGCGUGAGCCUCGUGCUCCUCGUCAUCGGGCGGAUCAUGUACCUGCAAGGCAGUUCGAACGGCCAGAACCACUCCCAGGUCUAACCCUCGGGAAACCCAGCAGACGUAGCAUUUUUUCUUUGUUUUAUUGUUGGGAAGACUUUUUUUCCCCUCCUAUCAUGGACUCUGUUCAUAGGAACUCUAACAGCUUUAGAUUUUUAUUGUUGCACCGCUUUCUUUCUUUAUUUCUUUCGUAUUUACCAAAGAUGCAAGCUUUUGCACUUUUUUCUAGCGCAUGGGUGGUGCACUCACCCACAAAUAUCAGUGUACACCCCACCUGUGGAAAUGUGCCUUGUGCAUUUUUGUGUUUACUUCAUUUUUUUUAUGUUUAGCAAUAGUCUCUGUUGUGAGUGUCCAACCCCUCAAACCCAGGGUUGUUAAAUUUAUGGGUCCAGUGUUUGUUAUGUUUUAACGUGAUGGGAACCCACUGGACCAACAUUGGAGUAAGGAUUUCUUGUCUACGCUUUCAUCUCCACCUAGACAUAUAUAGGUGUGACCUCACACACAAAAAAAGGGUUUUUUAUACUUUAUCAUUUGAAAAACAAUUGAUAUGCAAUAAAACCACAUGUAUUUAACAACUGGAAUUCAAUCUGGUCAACUAAAAGACAAAUUUAACCUCUUAAGACCAGGCGUGGACAUCCCAUUCUGUUUAUAUUACCACAGUAGUUCAUUCUGCCUAACUUGGACCCUGUAACUUAAUGUGUAGAGAGUUAGCCUAAAUAUUAGCUUAGGUCUUAUGAGAUUAAACCAUUUGAUGCAUUCAGACUGGACACAUUUGGUCCAAUUAAAGUGAACCAGAGUUUGUGCAAAUGGAACCGCUCUCUGACCCAUCUUUCAAUAUGAGGCCAGAACAGUCUCAUAAUUCAGAAAAGCACAGAGUCUGUGUCACAAAUCUACACACUCUGAUUCACAAAUCUAAUUUUAUGCAAACGUGCAAUAUAAAUUUGCAAAUGCACACUAAAGGUCUCACAAACGUGCACGCUGUUUCUCACAAAUGUGAAUGCUGUUUUUCACAAAAACACAAUAAAUGUUUCAGAAAUCCACAGCAAAUGUUUCACAAAAGUAUCUUGAAUGUGUGAAACACAAUGUGUGUGUUUGUGAAACCUUUACUGUGCAUUUCCAAAUUCAUAUUGCAUGUUUGCAUAAAAUUAGAUUUGUCAAUCAGAGUGUGUGCAUUCAGACUCUAUGCAGUUCUGAAUUAUGACACUGUUCUGGCCUCAUAUUUCAAGGUGGUCGGUUCAUUUCCAAUCGGACUGAAUACACAAUCUGAAUGUCACAAACACUUAUUAGCGUUCCUCGUAGCAUCCUCCAUAACCACCUUGCAGCAGGCCUCAACCGUAAAUAUCUUGAUAAGUAUUUGCAAAGUGCUUUUUGUUUGUUGUUGGCCAAUGGCUGAAGAGAUCUUUACUCACAUAGUUUUGCUUACAAGCUUUGGUCCUGAACAGAAAUCUCUGGUAGAUCCCAGAAUACAAACCAAACGCAAGUUCAGGACUCAAUCAGAAACAAAUCAUUUUUCCAGUCUGAAUACACCUUUUGUCGUUAAAAUAACGAAAAAAAAAUCAGUCAUUUUCUAUGCUUCAGUGUUCAUUUUGGCCACUGAAUCAAAAGCAAUUUCUAGAAAAGCAUCGAGGACUUUUGUAUUUUUCAUAACCAGCAAUAAAAAAACGUUGUCUGUAAUUACAAACAGGCUUGAACUUUUUACUGAACGUGAUGUUAAGGUCUUAGUAACUGUUACCAAACAGCCCAGAUACCCAAAAAGAAAAAGUCAAGAAUGGAUCAUGUUUUUCUUUUUUUCAUAUUUUUCAAGAUUUUCUCCCAUCAGUUCAUUAAAAAUGUUUAUGAAAAUUGGUAAAUGGGGGGAUAAGCACAACUAAUGGUUCAAUCCUUUCUUAAAUUUGAGAUCUCAAAUGCAAAAAUUAGGGUGCAUAAAACUCUUCCACUUGACAAUUGGAUAUUUUGUGUCAUUAAAGUGGCAAAAACGUUGUGGAACAAGAACAUCAAUAGUUACUCGGUGAGACAAGCCACAUAGAAAGAACAUGGAGAUGUUAUCCCCUUAACGCCUGAAUUUUUUUCCAAAAAAAAAAAAAAAAUCGCUUAUGUUUCUGCUUUUAAGUAGAUUCAAGUAACUUUAGAGACAAAGUGGUUUGACGCAUAUUUGUGACAAGAUCCAUUAAGGGGUCAUCUGCCUCCAGACACGCCUCAAAGCGGGAGUAUUCCUUUUUAGUCCUCUUGAGGUUUUUAUUUUUCAUUGAUCAGUUGGUUUCACUCUCAUUGAGUGAUUGACUUCAAACAUGAUGGAAAAGUUGUAUAAUGUUUUAAUACGAGUUCAAGCAGAAAUGUUAGUGUUGGGCCAAUAGGAACCAAAAGACUCAAAAUAUAUGUAUUUUUGUACACUUGGAGACAAGAUGAUUGCAUGUCUGGUUAACAUCUUUCAUUGUUUUUUUUAUUAUUUGCAGAGCUUAAAAACUUGAUUUCCACUUGAACUCAAAAUGAAUGGUACACAGGUUGGAUUGUAAUAACAUUUGAUAAUAAGUGGCUGCUUUAGCCACAGAAAACUCCUCUAUUUAAGUUUUAAUGAAUAAAUCUUUCUUCUUUAGCAGUUAUAGUCAACAAAUUGUGGAGAAUCAACUUUUUAUUUAAGUGGAUGCACCUUUUACGAUGUUACCAGCUGCAAAAAUCGUCACGUUAAUCCCCUUAGGGGUUGUUUAAGUGGUCAAUAGUUGGAAUUGCAUACGUUUAUAUUAACAAUACAAACUGAUUUUGUGACAUUUUGACUAGUUAUCCAAGGUAUAUUUGAUCUGGGUAGUCUCCGAUUUUCUAUUAAUCCACACGUUGAUAUGAUGCCAUAUCGAAACAUAAACAACGUCUGACACCGAGAUGCAAAGAGCGAGUCUUCCUCUCCGUUGGGCCUCCUCACUGCUGCUGCGCUGUGCUGCGACUGCAUCUCCAGUUCUGAUAUUGUGCCAUGUGAAACUUGCAACCUCAUUUUGAAGUACUGUAUUACAGCAGGAGUGUGAGAGGGAGCAUGGCGGCGAGGAAACUGAAAGGUAAAUUACUGCCUUCUGAAACUGAUAUGGAAACUUCUCGAUUCUUCUCUCUGAUGUGAAGGCGUUUCUGCACAGACGCACGCAGGGUUUUAUCCACUCAUCAGCACCUCUGGAGCUGAUUUCAGGUUAAGAAUUUGUAAAAAUUUCUUAAACGUUAAUAAUAAUGUGCCUACACUUGAACAGAAGCAUAAGGAAACUAUUUUCAUUUAAAUAACAUCAAUAAAUGCAAUGUUCAACUGUUUAAAAAAAA